AUGGCGAAGGGAAAGAAAAAGGAAGAAACAUCUAUGGCAGCAUUGGGUGCAAGAAAACAUCGUACUCCCAGAUCUUUUUUCUCAGAAAGGACCCCGCAACACUACUACCCCCACCAAGACGUAGCCUAUGCUCCUCAGCCAUACCCGGUCAUGAAUGCUCAACCUUAUGUCCGGCCACAACAACAAGCCAACCAGAACCAAGCUCCAUUUCCUAGAAACCAGCCUCCUUACCAAAACCACUACAACCCCCGGCCUCCACAAAAUAAUUUCCACCCUCAUGAACCACCCAAGUGGCCAAAUUUUACACCAAUUGGCGAACAAUACUCCAGCCUGUUACCAAAGCUUGCUCAAAUAGGUCUGCUACAGCCUGUUCCUCAAACCAGGCAAAACCUAGCAUCACCCGCUUACAGAGCCGGUACCCGAUGCGCCUAUCACUCAAGGGCAGAAGGGCUCGACACGGAUGACUGUUGGACUCUAAAGAGAGCUGUGGAAAACUUGAUAGAACAAAGGAAGAUCGUGCUAAGGGAUGAAGAUAUUCCCAAUGUGAGUAACAACCCACUGCCGGCCCACAACUACGGGCCAGUAAUCGGAAUGAUUUGUGAGGAAAAGGAAUUUGACCCAGCAUUGAAGGCCAUCAUUGCCAUCGCUGAUGUACAAAAGAAACCAAAAACUGCCCCGAAGCAGGACAAAGGGGAGAAAAGAACAAAACCACCCCUCCAAAGUCAGAAAAGAAAGUUGAAGUGGAAAUUGGGGCAAUGCCUCCCAAAGAUGUUGUUCUCUAUGUCCCUCGAGGCCGCAAAGAAAAGCAGAUAG